AUGAUGGCGAUUAGCAGGUUGGCAGGGUCUGCUGCGUCUCGGCUACAAGAGUGUAGUAUUCUCUGGUAGUAGAGAAAGAAACUAUACCAGUCAUUUCUUUCUGACUCUCUUGCUUUUGUAUAUUAUUCACUGUUUGUCCGUCCGUCCGUCCUGUCUGUCUGUCUGUCUGCCUGUCCUUCUGUCUGUCUGCUCGCUGUUAAUGUCUCACCGUCUGCUCGACUUCUGAACUUUUUCAGUUGUUUUUGACGGCGUCCGUAAUUCCAAUUUUCAACCUAAAAAUCUUUGAAUUCUUUCUUUCCUGCAGACGUUUUAUUUCUCUACUUCCCCUUUUUUUUUCUCACACCUUCUUCUUCUUCUUUUUUUUUUCUGAGGUACAUGUAUAAUGUAAUCACUUAUUUACUCACAGACGUGCUUCGCGAACAAGUAUUUUUGCAAAGAGGACCUUCUAACCAUCGACUGUUCCAGAAGAGUGCUUUGGUAGCAGAACAGUCACACUCCCCGCGCGCAGCAAGACGCAGCGUCACGUCGGCGGCUGUCGUGCGUCUGUAUUGCCUGCCUGCUGCAGCAGGUUUCGGGGCGUGCUGCGCCAGCCACCCCACACUCGGCUCAAAUCAGGUUGUGGAAGGAAAAACCUCUUUUCGUCUGUUUGGAGUAUGUCCACGCGCACAGGGAGCCCGACUUUCUAAAGUUUUGAUCUUUAAAUCGACGAAGCAUGCACAUCAAAAGUUAUGAGACGGUGAUGAUGGACUACCCGGAGUACCGGCUGCUGAAGUAUCUCCUGGUCUACAUUCCACCUGUUCUGAUAAUACUCGGCACUUUCGGUAAUGUUGUUUCUUUUAUUGUCCUGAGGCGGCGGGCCAUGUCCAAGGUGUCCUCUUACCUUUACCUGGCGUCGUUGGCCAUCGCCGAUUCGCUCGUCCUUUACAUCGGUCUGCUCCGUCUGUGGCUAGACGAGCUAACCGGGGUAAACUUCCAAGACAACUCCGAGUGGCUGUGCAAGGUGACGAUGUUCCUGGGGUACCUAGCUAGCGACUUGUCCGUCUGGCUUAUCAUCGCCGUCACCGUCGAACGUUACAUCGUCGUCUGCUUUCCUUUGCGUGCGUUCACUAUGUGCAACACCAAUCGCGCCAAGCUCGUCAUCAUUUUUAUCGUCUUUCUCAUCUGCUGCAUGAACAUGCACUUCUUCUGGACCGUAGGUCUUGUCGAACGCGCAACCGAUAGCGACAACAUCACCAUAUGCGAGGCCGCCCCCGCCUACAACCACCUGGUGGAUGAUGUGUGGCCAUGGGUUGACGCCUGCGUCUAUUCUUUUCUCCCUUUCGUCAUCAUCCUUGUCUGUAACGUCCUCAUCAUCACGGAGGUGGUAGAAGCCCGUGCACACCGCCUUAACCUGCAAAACAUGCCGGACUACCACUACCACCAGCAGAAACAGCUGCAGCAUCGCACCUCCACCACCGGAACCGCCAUCAGCGGCUGCCGACGGUCAUGCGCUUCCGGUGAGGGCACCAAGCUGACCGUCAUGCUGCUGACCGUGUCCUUCACCUUUCUCUUGACCACACUGCCCAUGAACAUCUCCUUGAUCGUCACGGCCUUCUGGGAGCAGCAGAACCACGGCAUCCGGCAGAUAGCACAGCUCAAACUGGCCAAAACCAUCGCCGAGCUGUUGAUGUACGUCAACCACUCCAUCAACUUCUUCCUGUACUGCGCCACGGGACAGAAGUUCCGGCAGCAGAUCGCGCAUCUCAUGUGUUGCCGGAAGGAGACGUCGACAUCAUGGAACUCCAUGCACACGGAACACACGCCCCUAAACAGUAUCCAUGGCAACAAGAAUGGCAACCCACAUCUGCUGCUGGCCACCAUGCCAGAAGACUCGUUCUCUAACGAGAAUGACAACAUUCCUCUAAGGACCAAAGUGUGAUGCGCAUGUCAGGACCUGUGUGAACUACAAGAACUCAGUGAACUACAAGAACUCAUCUGUGAAGUGUUCAAGCAGCUCAGUAUUGACUGCUUGGUUACUCCACUGACAGGCCUGCCACUCCUUGAAACAAUUAAAAUGCUACUGUUGGAUAGAGAAUGGUUAUCAACUUCGUAAUUAGCCUCACCUUGGUUAAAAAAAAAAAAAAAAAAAAUAGUGCAAGACUGAGAAGUUGGUCCAAGUGUUUACUACUCAACAUGCGCCCAAUUGAAUAAACUUCAACACUCAAAGUCUGGUUUAGCUAAACUAGAGGACAGAAACGAACAAAAAAUGUUUUUAAUGAAAAUAUCUAACUUUCAUUUUUUUUGUCAUCGAAAUCGGAUUGAGGAGAAAUGUCUGCUGGAGUGUACAGUAAGUGAGACAUGUUUCAUUGUCUUUUUUUAAAAGCUAGUUCUAGUGUCACUGUAUUUUCCUCAAAUAAAUAAAUUUAAUAUCAAUGCAGUCACUGUUGGGUGACAUUGCAUCUUCUACAUGUCAUUUGAAAAAAUAACCCAGAGCUUGUCAGUGACUUGUGUCUCCUCACUUUGUGUUUCACGACAGUCGUCAGCAUCUACAGAUACAUCACUUCUUUUUUCUGUCGUUCUGAUGCCUUUACUUUUCCGGCACUUACAUUUCUUAUUGGGAUAAUUUCUAUUUUUAAAAUGUAUCUCUUGAAGCCAUUGUUUUAUUUGUGUUGUUUAUCGCGGACAGUACUGAGCUCAACGUGGACCACAUUGUAUGUGAACUCGAGGUGACAAAGAAAGAAAGAAAGAAGAAAGAAAGAAACAAACAAACAAACAAACAAACAAACAAACAAACAAACAAACAAACAAACAGAAAGUUGCUGAUGUUAUUGCUAAUGCGAUCUCCUCACUGCUGUGCCUAUUCCGUGAAGACCGGAAGUGACGUCUGCUUUACCUUCGCACAUCACCCGCUUAGCCACGUGAUUAUUAAGUCACAUGAUCUGAAAACACUUAUUAAAAAAUGUUUAGACUUUGUGUAUCGGCUUCUUGUUUAAAAGCAACCAAAGAAAUUAUCCUUAAUGUUCUUUUUUCUUGUUAUUUGUUUGUGUCUUGCUUAUCUUCGUUUCAUGUUUCCUGUUGAUGAUAUUUGUAUUGUUGCUGGUUCUCUGUGAUGACUGAGGAAGAUGAUAAUGCCGAGGAGGGGAAGAAAGAAGAAGAAAACCACGACCUGUUUGUUAUAAUUGUACACCAUAGGUUCGUGCUCAUUACGAGUGUCUUGUAAAUUAUGUACACAACAGGUUUUGCUCAGUACAGCUGUUGUUUGUUAUACAAAACUCAUUACAUUUGUAAAUUAUUGUAAAUUAUACAAAACUCGUGCUCAUUACAUUUGUAAAUUAUUGUAAAGUAUACAAAACUCGUGCUCAUUACUGCUAUCUAUAAAUCCUGCUCCACAUGUUGUCCUCGUUACAGUUAUCUUGUAUAUUAGAAACCAUGGGUCUUUCUCAUUGCCACUCUGGUGUAAAUCAAGCAUCCCGGUGUUUAUUACAGCUUAUUACAGUGUCAGGAUGUAGGUUAGUAAGCUUUUAAUAGGUUUUAAAAAACACACAGCAAGCAUGUAGGUUAGUGUGGAAAAUAUUAUCACAAGUAUUGGUCAAGUGCCUGCAGCCUGCUAUGUCCUACAAUUGUUGACUCGCCUUUUAUUAGCGAGAUACACCCUACAUAGUGUAUUAUCUCUAACAUCAAUUGGCUACAAUUACAGUUACAGACUACUGUAUUAUUGUAAGUCAUUCACACAUGAAAACACAAAAAGAUGUGAGAGGAGAUGAAAUGAGCUAAAACAUUCUAAGCUUAAGUGUAUUUGUCAAACUAACCCAAGGCGUGUUCUUUAGCUAACUGAGUAAUAAUCAUAAAGUUGGAGAAUGUAAAGAACUGUGGAGGUUAGACAGUCUAAGCCAUUGUGUCCUAAAUGAGACAAACUCAGAGUUAUGUUUCCGGCUACAUGUUGGAAGUUUGACUGGAUUACUUGUCCAUAACUAGUUUUUGGCCGCAGCGCAAGCAAUUCUUUAUUCCACUGAGUGAAUAUCCGCCAAGUUUCCAGUCCUUGUAGACUUCUAGAACUUUUUUUCCACCAGGCAUCAACAAUCUAUUGCCAAAACAUUCUGUCAGCAUUUAUUUUUUCCAUAAUCUCGUCUUACCCACAGGCACUCCUGUCUGGUCUUCUUCCGUUUAAUGAGAGGACAAGUUCAAGAAUGAGGUGGAAGGAUCCAUACAAGUGGACGGAUCCAUACAAUUCAGGACGCAAAGCAGUUCAUUUCUCGACGGUCAUACUAAUGAAUUCCUCAUCUCUAGAAGCCUGGCUUGUCUCUCAACACUGUUCAUCCUCAGUGCAUGUGUGGCUAGCUGCCACCACAAUAUUUUGUACAAGUUUAGUCACAACCCACACAAGACUUGCUGCAACUCUAUCCAGAGCGAGGUCUUCUGUCCUCGGUGGGAGCCGCCUGAAUAAGACUGGCUAUGUUUUUAGUAUAGCAAGAAAGAGUUUAUUUACUUGCUCGAAUGAUACGAAUAUUAUGAGCACAUAGCUUGACAUUGCAGAUUACAUUUGUAACGAUUACAUUUGAUGACUAGAUACCUGUAGCCAGCUCCUUGGGCAGCUAACAUAGUAGCUUUUACAUCUUAGAAUAUUGAUAGUAGAGCAAAAUAUAGUUUGUAUUGUGUGUGUUUAUCUGCGUUUUGUUAUUUUAACAUGAAGUUUAUUUUUAAUUAUUUCUUGUAUUUCUUCUUUCUUCGUUUAUUUAUUUAUUUGCUUGUUCGUGCCAUUUUAUUUUUUUAUUUUUUAUUUUUUAUUUUUCUUCUUUGGUUUUUUUUUGUCUGUCUGUAUAUGGGUAUGUCUGGGUAUAUGGAUGUAUGCAGGAGCAAGUGUUGUCUUGGUAUGUCAUCUAACAAAUAGUUCACGAAACAUGUGUGAUGGUUAUUUCUGAACUUAGACACACUAACAUUUGUACAUUAUUAAUAUAUAAUCUUUUGUGAUGAAUGUGAAAAGAAGAAAUUUUAGGAUGGUGAUUUUGUUAGUGAUUGCACUCUCAUACUCAUUAUUUUAUUUUAAUAACUUUAAAUGUGUACAAAAACCAAGGUACACACACACACACACACACACACACACACACACACACACACACACACACACACACACACACACACACACACACACACACACAGCCCCAUGACAUGCAUUUCAUUUCACAUUUAAAAUACGGAACACGCUCAGAAGGCAAUGAAGAACUGUGGACUGUGGGUUAUUUGUUGGCAUUGUUUCCUGCUCAACCGUAGAUAUACUAUACUACAUGUUGUUGAAGUUGCUGAUAUACUUUCAGAAACAUUGUGUAGUCCUUGUUUAAGGGUUGCAGUCCACUAAUUUAAAAGUAUAUGAAGAUUAUCAAGCUGUGUGUCUGGGUUAAAAUAAGUGUGUUUGCCAUGACAACUUUCCUGUGCACAGAGUGCUGGUGAUAACCUGCCAUGGGUGGACUUUGUCACCUGUCUCCCUGGUUUAUUUAUUUUUUUGAAGAAUGUCUGCAGGUCAGAUCCCUCAGAAACAGACCGGAAAGUUUUUUAUAUAUUAUUGUGUACUAUGUGCCUUUUCUUAUUUUUUGUUCGAUGUGUCCAAUUUGUAAAUGUGGGAACUCUUAAAAUAGUCUCCUCCUUAAUUUCAAAUGUUUUGUAAGACAAGACAUCGCAAGCAUUUUAAGUUGAAGGGCUUGAAAGAGAUAGGUUAAUGAAUUUCUACCUGUGCGAGAGUGUUCGAAAGAGUGAAAGAAAAACUGUGUGCACGGGAAGCAUCAUUGCAAGUGAAUGACAACCCUGCACACUUGACAGACAUGUAAACGAGUUUUACCCACUUAACCAGAAUAUUUCUCGCCCAUCACUGCUUGCUGUUAUACGGGUGUGUAUCUGAGGUCCUGCUGGUUUUGCUGCAACUUUUGUUUUUGAUUCUUCGUUACUUGUUUGAGCUAGCCAUUCAUAAUUCCUUUAUUUCUGUACUGCUCUUCUUCCGGCUGUAAACUGAAGUGACGUGCCCCUUGUUGCUGAUGUAUGUGAUAAAGUCAAAACCGUAAAUAAAUGAUAGUUCUCAG